CCACCUAAUGCGUCGAACAAUGGCCAAGCGGUUCCAUGGAUGCUUCUCUGGACCUACGAAGAUCAAUCAACAUAAGCCAUUGGUCGGGGAGACAAUGUAUUCUCACGAUCCACUUUUGGUUUCCAACACAACGCUUUUUGGGCUACAUGUCACAGCCAAGGACACGUGGGCAUGAUCAUACCUGGUUUGCUCGCCCACACGACGAGCUAUCUUUAUCCGAAAGCAAAGGCCAGGGCUACAAUCUGGAUAACCGUCCUCUGCCCUCUAUGGGGCGGUUUCAACCAUGUCUUCUGCAGGUAUCCGAGGGCGGCCGACUAUACUGGACACAGCCAUAAGUCUUGUGCGUAGGAGAUACCCUCGAUCGAGCCAUCAACUCCAGCAGUUUCCGCCGAAGUGAGGAUGGUAAAAAGCUUUCUUGUUUCAUUGGAGGUGUCCGGAGUGUCUGAGCAGGCGAAUGGAACCACGCUAUUUGAAGCUGCGACCAAAUAAA